CAGUUAAUUUAAAACAUUUCUUGUGCAACACCACAAUUUUCCACCAAACCCUAAAAAGCCCUCUUCUUCUUCUUCUUCUUCUUCUCUCUCUGCUCCUUUUCACUCCAUCUCCUCCUUUUUAUCCUGAAAAAUGAGUGCCAACCCUAGUACUAGCGGCGGCGGAAGUGGCGGCGGAGGAGGAGGAGGAGUAGGAGGAGGUCUGGGGAGUGGCGGCGGGGGUGGGCCAUGUGGGGCCUGCAAGUUUCUUCGAAGAAAGUGCGUUCCAGGGUGCAUAUUUGCCCCAUAUUUCGACUCUGAACAAGGCGCCGCCCAUUUCGCAGCUGUCCACAAGGUGUUCGGAGCCAGCAAUGUGUCCAAGCUCCUCCUCCAUAUCCCUAUCCAUAAGCGCCCCGACGCCGUGGUCACGAUUUGCUACGAGGCCCAGGCUCGCCUCCGAGACCCUGUCUAUGGCUGUGUCUCUCAUAUCUUUGCCCUUCAACAACAGGUGGUGAGUUUGCAAGCCGAGCUGUCGUACCUCCAAGCCCAACUAGCAUCACUGGAACUGCCGUCGCCACCAAACCCGCCACCUCCACCUCCACCACCAAGUUUCCAAGGGGUACCGCCGCUUUCCAUCUCAGACCUGCCAUCCCCCCCCUCCCUGCCAGCCACUUACGACCUGUCGUCCCUCUUCGACCCAAUGGCUCAGCCUGCCUGGGUCUUGCCACAGCAGCGCCUCGACCCUCGCCAGUUUACCGGGGGUGGAGGUGGUGGUGGCGGCGGCGGCAGCGGCUUGUCCACUGUGGCCGGAGAAGGCGAUCUUCAAGCCUUGGCCCGUGAACUCCUGCAUAGACACGGCGCUCCACCAAGCUCCGACUCCUCAUCGCCGCCGUCCGUCUCUAAAUAAAAAUCAAAACCCUUCAUUUUCUUUGAAUUUCUUGCCUCUUUGAUUUCUCUUUUGUCAAAAAUUGAAGGGUUCCUGAGUUUUAAGUUUUUCUAAAAAAAAAAAAAAAA